UUCUUAUUAUCUUUUGAAUAAUAAAAAAAAAAUCAUGUCUCAAGCUGAUAUCCAAACCAUUCGUCUGUCAAACGGCAAAGAUGCUAAAGUCCAUACUCAACUUUUCAUCAAUAACGAGUUCGUUGCUGGUCACGGACCUUUGAUCGAAACCAUCAACCCUGCUAAUGAAGAAGUUAUCUGUAAGGUUCAUUCUGCUGAUGAGAACGAUGUCAACCUCGCUGUUGAGUCCGCCUACAAGUGUUACUAUGAAACCUGGCGUAAGGUUGCCCCCGCUGAGCGUGGUCGUCUUAUUCAUAAGCUUGCUGAUUUGAUGGAACGUGAUAAGGAUGAACUUGCCAUGUUGGAUGCUGUCGAUAAUGGUAAAGCAUUUGCUGUAGCUCGUGAUGUAGAUGUCACCGAAUCUAUCGGCUGUUAUCGUUAUUUUGCUGGUUGGGCUGAUAAGAUCCACGGAAAGACCAUCGAUACUACCUUUGACAAGGUUUGUUACACCCGUCAUGAAGCUCUCGGUGUUGUUGGUGCUGUUAUCCCUUGGAACUAUCCUACCAUGAUGGCUGCUUGGAAAUUCGCUCCUGCCUUGGCCACUGGUAACACAAUCGUCAUGAAGUCUUCCGAAGUUACUCCUUUGUCCACACUCAAGUUUGGUGAACUUGUUAAGGAAGCUGGUUUCCCCGCCGGUUGUGUCAAUAUUAUUACUGGUUAUGGUCAUACUACUGGUAACUAUUUGUCUGGUCACCCCAAGAUCAGCAAGAUGGCUUUCACUGGUUCUACCGUCACCGGUCGUAAGAUUAUGGAAUCCAGUGCUCAUUCCAACUUGAAGAAGCUUCAACUUGAAUUAGGUGGUAAAUCCGCUCAAAUUGUUUGUGCCGAUGCUGAUCUUGAGAGUGCUGCUGUUUGGGCAUGUGGUGGUAUCUUUAACAACCACGGUCAAAGUUGUAACGCAGGUUCUCGUAUCUUUGUUGAUGAAAAGGUUCAUGAUAAGUUCCUCGAACUUUUCAUUGCUGAAACCAAGAAAAUCGUGAUUGGUGACCCAUUCAACGAAGACACUUUCCAAGGUCCUCAAAUCAACAAGUCUCAAUUCGACAAGAUCUUAAAUUAUGUCAAGAUUGGUCAAGAAGAAGGCGCCGUCUUGGCUUACGGUGGUAAGCGUUGGGGUGACAAGGGUUACUAUAUUGAGCCCACUAUUUUCACUCACUGUAAGAACAGUAACAGAAUCAUGAGAGAAGAAAUCUUUGGUCCCUUUGUCUCUAUCGGUACCUUCAAGACAAUUGAAGAAGCUAUUGAUCUUGCCAAUGAUUCCGAGUAUGGUUUGGCUGGUGGUGUUUAUACCUCUGACUUGGAUACUUCUAUUAAGGUUACUAACGAGUUACAAGCUGGUACCGUCUGGGUUAACUGUUAUGAUGUUUUUGAUCAAUCCACUCCUUUCGGUGGUUACAAGCAAUCUGGUUUUGGUAAGGAACUUGGUAAAUAUGCUCUCCAUGAGUACACUCAAGUUAAGGUCGUCAAGAUCCAAAGAUUGUCAAAGAUCUAAGGCUUCGGGACGUGAUAUAUAUAUAAAAAAAACAACAACAAAAAAACUGUCUCUGUCUUGAUACCAAUUUUAUCGACACCGCAAUUAUGUAUAAAUAGCAAAUUAUGUUAAGAAAAAUAAAUAGCAUAUUCAAAAAAAAAAAAAAAAAUUGUCGCUGAUCGACAUUCC